CCCUCGCACGAUCGAUGCAGGUGUGAGGCGGGCGGGUCGCAGGGAAGGGCUGGUGCGGGCGGCGAGGUUAGGAGAGGAAGAAGCCGCUGUGUUUAGGGCUCAUCUCCACCCGUACAGUGGCGACGAAGACGGGGAACAUCAACACCUUAACACUCCCUUUUGGAACAUAUUUGAGGAGUGGCAAGAUGGCCUCCCCUCAGCCCUCACCCAGUAGAUUCAGCAAAUAUACAACCAUGGGACAUCGCUACCUCUCCCGCUGGGUGUCCUGGUCGGGUACGCUCACCACCCCUCCUGGUUCUCCAUCCCGAGGUUCCCCCGCAGAAGGCCCCUCAGUGUCCCCCCAACCCCCUCGCGCCUUCCAGCCCCGCUCCAGGACUUCCUCUAAGGCCUCCAACGUAUCUGAGAAGACGCCCGUGAUGUAUCCAUUGGUGCCUAAGCUACCGGUGCCUCCGCUGGGCCACACCCUCACCUGGUACCUCACUCACAUGCGCCCGGUCCUCAAGCCAGAGCAGUAUAAGGAGACGGCCAAAAUAGUAGAUGAGUUUUGGCAGCCAGGAGGAAUGGGGGAGAAAAUUCAAGAGGAGCUUAUCAAGAGGCAUGACACGAUGGAUAACUGGGCGUACGAGUGGUGGCUGGACGACAUGUAUAUGAACGUGCCGCUCCCCCUGCCAGUCAACAGCAACCCUGGCAUGGUCUUCCCCCACCAGAAGUUUGCCUCUGACCUUGAAAUGACUCAGUUCGCAGCCCGCCUCGUCAGCGCCUCCCUCGAUAUGAAGGAAAGGAUCGCUGCAGGUGAUCUGGAUGUGGACCGCUGCAGUGCCAGGGAGCGCCACCAGCCCCUCUGCAUGGCCCAGUACACGCGGGUCUUCUCCUCCUACAGACGGCCAGCCAUUCCCAAAGAUAAGUUACUCAAUAUGGCAGAGCAACAGAAAGAUAACCAACACAUCAUCGUCUGCUACAAGAACCACAUCUUCAAGGUGGAAGUGAUGGUGGCGGGGACGCGACUGUCACACCAGCAGGUUUUGACACAGCUGAGGGAGGUGCUGCGGCAGGUGGACGAAUACGAGGGCUCCGAUCCGCCGCCUGUAGGAGUCAUGACGAGUGAUAACAGACGCACGUGGGCCCAGAGUAGACAGAUACUGGCUGGAGAACCUGACAACAAGCGGAUCCUGGGUCUUAUUGAGGCGUGUCUGAUGGUGGUGUGCUUUGACGAUCCAUUGCCCACCAAAUUCAACCUCGCCACCCGGACCAGCCACCGUGCCAGCCUCUCCAAGCGUUCCUCCAGCCUCAACAUGACCUCCUCCCAGAACACGUCCCAGGAGAACGAGGGCACCGCGCGGGACGAGGUCAACGCAGGUCACCAGAUGAUUCACGGCGGAGGAUUCAAUCACAAUUCAGCCAACAGGUGGUUCGACAAAACGGUUCAGUUCAUACUCACGAGGGACGGGUGGUGUGGCCUGUGCUACGAACACUCCUGCGCUGAGGUAGUGGUGAUUCAGGUGGUGGAGCAGAUCCUUCAGUGCAUCGCCCAAGAGAACCAAAAACCUGACGAUGUAGUGGAAAGCCUCGUGGACGAUCAGCCACAGGGGGACCCACAGAGAGGCGACCAAAACUUAGGAUUCCCAGCGCCUGAGGAACCCGCCCCGUCACCAACACGCCUGGAAUGGAAAGUGACGCCUGUGAUCUACCGCAGGAUACAGGAGUCAGCUGAUCAUAUGGACAGGCUGGUGGAGGACCUGGACUUCCGCAUCCUGAGGUAUCUCUCCUACGGCAGGAACUUUGUCAAGGAGUCCAAAUGUUCCCCCGACGCCUUCAUGCAGUUGGCCCUCCAGCUUGCCUUCUUCAGGUGCCACGGACAACUCACGAGCACCUACGAGAGUGCCAGCACCCGCAGGUUCCGCUAUGGACGCGUGGAUGCCAUCAGGGCCAAUACACCUCAAGUUUUAGCGUGGUGUGAGGCAAUGGUCAUCAAUGCUCCGUUAGCAGAUCGCCUUGCUAAAUACGAGGCGGCGCUCAAACUGCAGACAGACAUCAUGGUGAACAACAUCCUUGGGCGAGGCAUUGAUAUCCACCUGCUGGGCCUGAGAGAGAUGGCGAAGGAGAUGGGGCUGCCCUCGCCUGAACUGUUCACCCACGAGUCUUACCGUAUCGCUAACCACUUCCGCCUAUCUACCAGCCAGGUGACCACUCUAUCAGACUCCUGGAUGGGUUACGGGCCAGUGGUUCCUGACGGUUACGGGGCGUCCUACAACCUACACCCAGACUACAUCAUCUUCUGCCUCUCCGCCUUUAAAUCAUGCGAGGAAACGUCCACUCUCGAAUUUGGGAGGAACCUGGAACGAGCCUUGGAUGAAAUGGGAGCUCUGCUGUGGGAUCGAGCCAAGUAAGGAGUGUGGAGCGAGGCAAGUGUCUAGUCAUCGGUCAAAUAGCACCUUAGGAACUCCUCAGGUGUCGUCGUGCACCUGUACUUAUCUGGCAGCUUAUAGGAUUGUAGAAUGUAACCUAUAUACGUCCCCUGUACUGCCUCAGACCGCCAUUUGUCAUGCCCGCGUGAUUCCAAAGUGACUGUAGAAAGGCGAUUUAUCCUGAAUGGCUCUAAAGGGAUUCAGUAAAGCGAUUCAGUAGUGUUUCACUGACUUAGAAAAUAAAAUAAAGGAAUUGCACUCUUUUUGUAGGCAGCCAGUCGCAUUUUACUGGGCCAGAAUAAUAAAUGAGGAAUUUCAAACUCAAUUACUCCUUUGAAGAGUAAAAAAAAUAGGGAAUCUGUAAAGGGAUUCAACACCAUUUCACUGACCCUUCCAAGACUUUCUGUGGCUUCUUUAGGGUCCUAGAUAGCCCAGUAACCAGUAGGAGGGAGGACCUAAUCUGUCAGUAACAUGAAGAACGCUAGCAAUAUAGAGGUGUUAAAGAGGUCCUGAUAGCAGCAGAUUGUCACUAGCCGUAUGUGUCUCGUCGCAGAGCAAUAUAUUAGCUAUAGAAGUGUGGAGGGAAAGUAAUACUCAGCGUGACAGUAUUACUAAAGAGGCUAUAGGGUUUCGGAGUAAGGAAGGAGAGAUUGGUGGGUGGUGGGAAAGAGAAGGGAAACUUAACCCAAAGAACAAGUGUAUUUAUGAGGGGAAGGACAGUGAAAGAGUAGAGAAAUUAAGUAAAAGGUAUUAUGAAGCCAAAGAUAGCUGGAAGUAUAUGCAUCUAUAUAUACUUAGUUACAGACGGAUGAGAGGGAGAGAGUAUGCAAGUGAAGGUAUUGCACGAAAACCAAAGAGAAGUAGAAAUACAUAUAUCUAUCUAUAUCUAAGUGGCUAGGAGAGUGAAAUAGUGAGAUAAAUAGAGACAUUAGGAUAUUAUAUUUAAACCAAAGAUAGAGCCAGAUAUAUCUAUGACUAUUUAUGUAGCUUUAGGUAAAUAAGAGAGGAAGGAUGAUAUGAGAAACCUAUGUUGGGUAUUAUAAGUAAACAAAAGAGAGAGAGAUGAAAAUAAUCAAUCUGUCCCUCUACUCAUGACAAACCAAAGACAGAUAUAUCACUGACUACGUAAGGAGUGUUUAGGUAAAGAAUAAAAUUGGAAGGGCGGGAUAAGAAUCUUGUGCUGGAUAUUAUAAGUAAACCAAAGAUUAAGAUAGAAAUAAGUAACGCAGUCUCUCUAAUUCAUGACAAACCAAGGACAGAUAUAUCACUGACUACCUAAGGAGUUUUCAGGUAAAGAAUAAAAGAUAAAGUGCGGAAAAAAGAAACCUGUGUUGGGUAUUAUAAGUAAACCAAAGAUUAAAAUAGAAAUAAGUAACACAAUCUCUCUAAUUCAUGACUCACUUAUCGACAUACCAAAGCAAUAAUGUGCAGUGUUUCCCUAGAGCACAGUAACCUCUCCUGACUUGCUUGGAGGGAAGGAAGCGCGUUAAGGGGCAAACCUGUGUGUGUUUAAAAGGGAGCGAAUCACGUGAAGACCACAGGAGUGACUCGUGGUGGGAACUAUACGUGUUUGAAUGAUGAAAUGAGUGAAGGUGUGAGGAAUAGUUUGGAUUCCUUGAGCUUAGAGUGAUGUAAAAAUGACGCUUAUUGGUGAGAGAGGAGGAAAGGAUGUAUGACUUGCAGUGGAGGUGAACAAUUUGGUCUGGGUGAGAGAAUAAAGACGGAAUGGAGUAAAUAGGAAAUGGAUGGAAUAAUGAGAAUAGGUUACAAAUGAAACAUGGGACAAAACAGUAGAAUCUAGGAGAAGUACAUAAUGAAAUAGGAUGAAACAAGACGAUAUGAAUGGAAUAAUAAGCAAAAUUGAAUGAAAUAAUCCGAAUGAAACACAGAAUUAAGUAUAGGAUUAAAAAAAAAAAAUGAGAUGAAAUCAAGAAUCUAAAUAAAAAACGGGAAGUAUUUAAAAGAUGGAAGAUUAGAAAAAUAGAUCUUAAGAAAAGGAAACCUGGAAAAAUCAAUAUGAGGUGGAAAACAAAGAAUGAAAACAUGGAAUGGAAAUUUUGAUAGGACAUGUGAAGAAGUGACGUGAAAAGAUUAGCUUGAAAAUAUGAGGGAGGGAAUUUAAAUGAACCUUCGGAUUUGCCAGUGGUAGAGAAUUGUAGGAAGGAAAAAAUGGGAUGGUUGGACAUGCAAGGAGACGAGAGAUCAAAAAGACAUGCAUCCCUCCUCGAGCCUUUGUUGAUACUGAAGGUGGAGAUCCAAUACUCAGUGUUAGUCCGCGCUUCAAAGAGAAAUGCUGAUACUGUUUAUGUUAUUUAAUCCUUUACAAUCCUUUACAUUGUCUUCUAAACCUAACCUGACCUAAUCUCAUUCAAUCUUACUCUUACUCUAACCUAGCGUAAUGUAACAUAACAUAAUUUACACUCACCUAAUCUAACCUCACUAAACAUGACACAAUCUACUCAACGCUGACCUAAUCUAACUUAACUUAACCUAACCUAACCUAACAAAACAUGACCUCAUCUAACUUAAUCUAACUUAACCUAACAAGACAUGACAUAUUUCUAUCUUACUAUCAUCUAAUCUAACAAUCUAACCAUCAAAUCAUCUUUUAUUCCCUCAUUAUCCACUAACUUCCCUAUCUUCCAUCUUUAUUUUACCUCAAAGCAUACACACAUAUAAUUAAACAUUUAUCAAAAGUAGAUAUAUAUAUUUUAUCGUUGAGGAGAGUGGAGGGGGGAGGUGGAAGGAAAAAUAGGUGUAAGGAGUUGAGUUUAUUCCCGACUGGUUUCGCCUCUACUCCUUACUCCUGUGUUUUCCUUCCACCUCUCCCGUCCAACUUGUCCAAAUGUCUGAACAGUUGAGGAGAAUGUUAAUUAUCAAAAUAUUUUACCAGAGAAACUAUACAAGAAUGAAACCAUGCAAUUUGUUAAGGGCUGGCGGCUGCGUUCCCUCGGCCCUCGCUCUCUUGAAGUUUAUACAAAAAAUCAAGUUUAUAUAAAAAAAUCAAGUAAUAAUAUUUUUGAAACUUGAGAUUCGUAUAUGAGAUUUGUAAGUGCCCGUUAAGAAAAUAUAUGUGGAGAGAGAGAGAGAGAGAGAGAGAGAGAGAGAGAGAGAGAGAGAGAGAGAGAGAGAGAGAGAGAGAGAGAGAGAGAGAGAGAGAGAGAGAGAGA